UAGCUGAGGCUUUCGGGAUAGUAGCGGGAAGAUGGCGGCCCCCAUUAGUAAGGAGGAAGCGACCAUGGCGGGAGAGGAGGAGGCAACAGCAGCGGCUGAGAGUACCGGGCGGAGGCGGAGAUCGGGGGUGGAGGUGCUGGUCUCUCAGGACACCUCGCCUUCCCCUCCUCAGUGUCCCCAUGGUCCUACUCUUCUAUUUGUAAAGGUGAGCCAAGGCAAAGAAGAGGCUCGAAGAUUUUAUGCUUGUUCAGCAUGUAGAGAUAGGAAAGACUGUAAUUUCUUUCAAUGGGAAGAUGAAAAGUUGUCAGAAGCUAGACUUGCUGCCCGAGAAACUCACAACAGACGUUGCCAACCUCCCUUGUCUCACAUGCAGUAUGUAAAAAGGUAUUGGAAGUUCAUUGAAUUGCCUUUAUCUCAAAGGAAGUUUUGCCAAACAUGUCAACAAUUGUUGUUGCCAGAUGACGGGGGGAAGCAUUUUGAUCAUCAGGUACUUUGUGAUAUCUCCAUUGCUCAGUUAAGGAGACCCAGUCAACUCUUAUAUCCACUGGAGAAUAAGAAGACCAAUGCUCAGUAUUUGUUCACAAACAGAAGUUGCCAAUUCUUACUGGACCUAAUAUGCACUCUUGGAUUCAGAAAAGUUCUAUGUGUUGGAACACCAAGGCUGCAUGAACUGAUCAGAUUGAAAGCAUCAGGCGACAAGGAGUCUGACGUUAAAAGCCUUCUGCUGGAUAUUGAUUUUAGGUAUUCACAAUUUUAUAUGGAAGAUAAUUUCUGCCAUUACAACAUGUUUAAUCAUCAUUUCUUUAAUGGAAAGGCUGCUUUUGAAACUUGUAGGAAAUUCUUGCAGGAAGAUAAAGAUGUAGGACUCAUUCUGGUGGCAGAUCCUCCUUUUGGAGGCUUGGUAGAACCACUGGCUGUUACUUUCAGGAAGUUUAUGGAUAUGUGGAGAGAGACUCAAAGCCCAGAUAAUAAUAGCAAGGAACUACCAUUAUUUUGGAUUUUCCCAUAUUUUUUUGAAUCUCGAAUUCUUCAGUUUUUCCCAAGCUUCAGCAUGCUGGAUUAUCAGGUAGAUUAUGAUAAUCAUACACUUUAUAAACAUGGAAAAACGGGACGAAAACAGUCUCCUGUGCGUAUUUUCACCAAUAUUCCUCCCAACAAAAUAAUUCUUCCAAUAGAAGAAGGGUACAGGAAUAAUAAAGUGGAGGAUUUCCAUGUGAACUGGAACAACCUCCAGGAAGUGAUGCAGAGCGAGAGGAGCAGAACCAGGAGAACAUUGUACACAGAGACAAACACACUGUGGUAUCAUCGAACGUAAUGGACUUCUCCAUUAGUGGUGGUGUAAUGUCCCUGCACAAUCUGCAGGGAUCAAGGAGAAAAAAACACUAUCCAAAAGCAGAGGACAAACUGAGGGAAUAGAAACACCAAGGAAAAGCAACUGCCUGACUACAAUGGCUGAGGGGACACGACAGAGGAAAGACUCGGAGCGAACACUCUGAUGCAAAUACUAACAACAUGGCAAUGGGUUCAAGUCAAGAAUACAUAUGAUACCAGUGGAAUCACACGUCGGCCACGGGGGGUGGGAGGGAGGAAAAGAAAAUUAUCUUUGUCUUUAAUGAAAAAUGCAUGGAAAUGAUCAAAUAAAAUACUAUAAAAUUAAAAAAAAAAAAGGGUUUGGGCAUGCAAAGACUUUGAAAAGCAGCUUGGCACAUGCCUGGAACCAUAUGGACUCCCAUUCUUGAAUGGGAGGAGUGCAUAAAAAGAGACGCUUGUAUUCUGGGGGAGUCCAUUGAUUUUUGGACACUGAACAGAGAAGUGUACUUCCUAUGGCCAUUUGGGAUCAGGUAACAGGAGGUUGCUGAAGUCUCUGACAGAUUUGGAGGUUCCUGUUAUCCAGAGACUUUCUUUGAUUCUGAAACGGGUGAUAUCCACUCUCAUCUGGAUCACCUGUUGUGUGUGAGCUGCAAAGACCUGAAAAUACCUAGCCUAAAUAGAGCCUAACCAUCAGGCCUCAGGCCUUUGGCCUCCAAGCUAUCCUAUCUGACAGAUUGAACUGUGCUCUUGUUUACAGUAGACCAAAUAGGCAGAUUAGGUAGUCAGGAAUAAUUCUAGCUAGGUAUCUAGAGAGAGCAGUGAGAGUAGCACAACUUCCUUGGGACUGGAGAGACCUUUUACAAGGUCAGAUUUGAGGAAAGAGCUAAGAGUUGGUAGAGAUAGGGACUCUGUCUCCCUGGUCCACUUACACCUUCCUGGUUUGAUGAAAUAAAUCAAGUUCUUGUUUAUAUCAAACUGAGAGAGCAGUCAGAUUGUGUUGUCAGCAUCCAGCAGAACUGAGGCCUACAUCUGGGCUUCAGCCUGUACUCAAUUACCGUCAAGACCAAUGCUGAUUAAAAUACAACCAAGUGACUUUUAUCAGGUCCUCUACUCACUUUUUUUUCAGCAUGUAUCAUAUAGAUACUCACAAAUAUUUGUAACUGUCU